AUGGAGUUCCUCCGGCGUUCUUCUUGGGCCAACUUUGGCGCUGAAAUCGCCAAAGUUGAAUUGGGAGUGAAGGUUGAUGGUUGGCAGCUACACCAUUUGCGCUUUGCUGAUGAUAUCGUACUGAUAACAACUAGCAUCAGCCAAGCGGAACGAAUGCUGACCGAAUUCGACGAAACAUGUGCAUGCAUCGAUCUUCAGCUGAGUCUACAAAAGACGAUGUUCAUGCAAAUGCACCAGCUACAUUUAUCUGGGUCGGGAAUUGAGCAUGAUGAACGACCUGACCCCUUAGCUGGGCAGGAGAAGACGAGCGAUUUGGGGUGCGUACAAGGGCAUCGAGGAUGUAGUGAAGAAGACCAGGAACACCCGUGCUCACCUCUUCAACACCACCGUACUUCCUGCUUUGACCUAUGCUUCAGAAACCUGGGCAUUUCGCAAACAGGAAGAAAACGCGGUGAGCGUCAUUGA